UCAGAGAUUGACAGGUGGGCGGGUCGCUGACAAGAGGCAGCAGUAAGGUCCGGGGUAUCGCUCCCUGUUGGUGGUCUCCUCUGUCAGCGGGGAGGAUUCGUGAUACGGGGGAACAUGCUGCUCGGAGUCAGGCUUAGUGUGACCUGUCAAAGGUCUGGAUUUCUCAGGAGAUCUCUGAUGACAGCAAGCACCAUGCACUCGAAGGGCCAGCUACCAGAUAUGAAUGAAGGAUGCACACCAGUCCAUGUGAAUAAUGUACGUGAUAAACUGAGGGAAAUAGUUGGAGCUUCUACAAACUGGAGAGAUCAUGUACAAGCCAUGGAGGAAAGAAAAGCUCUACAAUCUCUUCUGGCCAAGAAGCAAGAGGAUCUCCCCCCACGCAGGAUGAAGGACAGUUACAGCGAAGUUAUGUUGCCGCUCGGCACUGAACCACAGCUGAGAGAAAAGUACCUGAAUGUAUACAACAACGUCCGGUUUGGCAGAAUCCUUGAAGACCUGGAUAGUCUUGGAGUUCUCAUCUGUUAUACCCACACAAAGUCUGAGUCACGUAACAUGUCUCCUUUGUCAAUAGUCACUGCUCUAGUAGACAAGAUAGAUCUUCGUAAGCAACUCAUUUCUCCCGAUUGUGAUAUCAAGUUGACAGGCCAUGUGUCUUGGGUUGGGAAGACCUCAAUGGAAGUUAAAAUGCACAUGUUACAACUUCAUGAUGGCGUUUACAGUCCAGUUUUAGAUGCAACAUUUGUCAUGGUGGCCAGAGAUCCAGAGAACAAAAGGCCUGCAUUUGUCAAUCCAUUAGUUCCAGAUGGCCCUGAAGAGGAAAGACUUUUGAAGCAAGGAGAAAUGAACAAGUUAAGAAGAGUUGAAUUCAGUACAGCAUCUUUACUGAAAAUGGCUCCAACCGCUGAAGAAAGGAAGAUUGUACAUGAAAUGUUUCUUAACACAUUAGAUUCAAAGACAGUGAGCUUCAGGAGCCGUGUCUUGCCACCUAAUGCAGUGUGGAUGGAAGAUGCUAAAUUUAAGGGUUUGGAAAUUUGUCAUCCACAGCAAAGAAACAUCUUCAACAGGAUCUUCGGUGGUUUUCUGAUGAGGAAAGCAUAUGAAUUGGGAUGGGCAACUGCAUGUUCUUAUGGUGGUUCUAGGCCAUUUGUUGUAGCUGUAGAUGACAUCAUGUUCCAGAGACCGGUGGAGAUUGGGUCAUUGCUGUUCCUGUCCUCUCAGGUGUGUUACACAAUGAAAAACUACAUCCAAGUCAGGGUGCACACAGAGGUUUCAGAUCCCAUCACCGGAGAACAUCACACAACCAACAUCUUCCACUUUACAUAUAUGUCAGAAAAAGAAGUUCCACAGAUUGUGCCCCAGACAUACGGAGAAUCAAUGCUGUAUUUGGAUGGAAAGCGACAUUUUGAUGCAGUUUUGCAAAACAAAAAUGAUGAAAGCCAGAGCUCUUAAACAAUGGGUACUACAAAUACAAGCAAUACGGAAACUACUUAAAGAAAGAAAGGUGUGCAACUCAGUCCCCCACAAUGCCUUCCAAUAUGUUUAGUGCAAUUAUGUAUAUUCAUUUUGCUGCUUUGAGAACAUUGAUUGUAACAUAACAUUUUUUUACAUCUAAAUGCUGCCUUAUUAUAUACAUUACAUGUGUUUUUAUUUCAGCUGUAUUGGUUUAUAUAAUAA